AGUAAAUAUCCCUUCACUUCCGAUUUUCUUUUUCCAAGCGGUAGCUUUUUUUCGCGGAAAAACAUCGCAGUGAAUGGCGAACUUUGACGCUAUCUUUGACGAGAAUCUUCAAGAGGAUGAACAAAGUUCGCGUGUUUCUGACGAAAAUGUCCAGGUGACACUAGAGCCGGUUGUUAUUCGCGGAGUAGGACACAUGACAGUGUAAGCUUUGUUUACGGUUAAUUUUACGUGCCGUCCAGAGUUCGAAGUUCUGCCAUUGAGAAGAUGCCUGGCAGUCUCCUAAAAAACUAGUAACAUUUGUUAUACAAGGAAAUCAUUACCUUUUCCUUCUGUUCUUUUAGGUUCGGGCUCAAUAGCAAGUUUGAUGUGGAAUUUCAACAAGCCCUUAGUGCCAAGGUGAGGUGGUUGUUUCGGUAGAGUGGCUGGAUUGAAUCACGCGCACUCAGUCGUUUUAUGGGGGUCUUUAAUAACAACGUUAAUAUCCUUUCCGGUGACUAUUUCAUCUAGUUAUGGUUUUUAUAUCACUGCUGGCUACAUAAAUUUCUGAUAUACCAAGUUUUACGACUUUUGCUCCUCUAAUAAUCUUAAAAAUAAUUGUAAUAAUUCGAACAAUCGUACGUGUGCUUCCAUUGUUGCGUGUGUGUUUUACUUUAUCGCCGUUUACCGUUUGUCUGAGUAAUUGUGGCGACUGGAGUCGUGAUCUUCCUUCAUUUAAAGCAGCAACCAAGAUGACUGUUUCUUCUGCUUUUCUCGCGCUCUAUCAACGUGUACAAAGAACGCCAUCGCAGAUGAGAAUAACGUGCUGAGUGGAUAUUUCGCUUUGCUGUACUUUGAGUUUUUUCUCAUAAUGGGGUCAAUCAAUGAACAACACUCGCAGGAAUUUAUCUCCUCCAUCUGGCUUUUGUAGCUCAAGUCUUGGAUGUAAUCACCUUGCUAUUUAUGAUUUGACCGAGGAUAUAAAACCCAUUUCUCUCUCGUUUCCUCUCAAUUGGGCAUGAAAGGUUCAUCUGUGCAAUUAAAUAAAACCUAUCAAGGAACACUGUUGUUUGCUAUGAUAAUGUUUACUAAAUUUUGCGGUGAUUAGUGGUGUUGUUAACUCUUAAGGACAAAGGACUUAACCAUAAAGUAGCAUAUAUUCAUAUAUUGUUGAAAACAUCUAUUUUACCUUGUUGGAAGUGGAUCAUUGCUUUAGAUCAAUUUAUGAUAAAUUUUUUCAAUGUUCGCAUAUUUAAUGCAGUUUAAAGGUUGCCAAGAAACUUUUUAACUCACACAUUUUCAGUCAUGAAAAUAUGACAAGUACACAGCAAAUGUCUGUUACUUAUUAAUACAAGUUUAUGGUUUUGUGAAAUGGUGAAUACGUGUUAAAUGCCUUAGACCUUCAGAUUCUGUGCUCUGAUGCUCUACCACUGAGCCAUAGAGACUCUAUGGUAAACGAGUUCAUAUGACACACGUCCUGCAUACCAUUAGGAUCAAUUAUGUAUAUAGCAUCAUGUUUGUAAAUAGAAUGAGAGAGAUGCUUUGUAAAGAAAUAGAGAAAGAUGGUUUUUGUCUUGUGAUGAGCGUGGGACAAAGAAAAAAUUCUGAGUCCCCAUGAGGAAUUGCACCUCAGACCUUGCUCCGAUGCUCUACCACUGAGCCACAGAGACUCUAUGGUGAAUGAGGUCUAUUACAAAGUUCAUAUGACACACAUCCUGCAUACGGCUGGGAUCAGCAAUGAGCAUUGGAGUCCAGAAUCCAAAGGCCUGAGGUUCAAUUCCUCACAGGGACUCAGAAUUGUUUCUUUGUCUACUGGCACCUUUCAAAUGACUCAUUCAAGGCUUUAACUUGAAAUAAGAUUUAUUUAAUUUAUUGCAUGAUCACAAGUGAUCAAUCUCAAGUAAGGAGUGGUUAAUGUGAGUCCAACUUUCAAUCACACUGUGGCAAAAUCAACUGAAAAAAAAGAGUCGCACAUGAGAUGCAGCUGAGUGUGUCAGUGAUGUUGUUACAAAAUUUUGAUGUCCUCUGUGAUCUAUUACUUAACAGACCCUUAUCAACCUGCAAUCUGUUCCUACCAAAUAAGUAAUAAGUAACAGCCAAUCAAUGUGUGUUUCAUUCAGCUUCAUAUUAAUGUGAGUAAGAACAUUUGAUUUGUAUGUGAUACUGAGAACAUUGAACUUCUUUCCCUGGAAGUGGCUGGUCAUAGCAGUAGGGGUACUUGAAAAAGAAAAAGAAAAAUAAAACCCUGAGGCUUUUACCAACAUAAUCCAAUGUUUGUCUUACAUGUCUUACAUGCAGGUAGCCCCAGAAGAGUACAAAGCAACAGUCACAAGAGUUAAUAGAGUGCUUAGUAAGACAAUGCCUGUCAAUGUCCGCUGGUUACUCUGUGGAUGCAUAUGCUGCUGCUGUACCUUGGGAAUGUCCAUGUGGCCUGUGGUUUGUCUCAAUAAAAGAGUAAGUGGAUCCAGAAGAAGUAAACUUCAGAACAUGUAGUUGAAGGUCCUAACUAAAAGAUAACCAUGUUGCUUAAUCUAAUCCACACAAACUGCAGUUGGUACAAAAUUUUGGUGCCAGAGCUAUAUUAGGUUUAAGGAAGUUUAACUGUAUCUCUAAGGGACAGAGAUCUCUUAAGGCCUAUUUACACGGUACGACUUUGUCGCAUGCGACAAGCUUAUGACAGGCCUACAACAUGACUUAGGACAAUUUACAUGCACACGACAUUUUCACCUACGACAUGCCAAAAUCGCGUGCAAUUCCACUCGUUUCGGCUGCGGUCAUUGUUUCAAUAAUUUGCAAGAGAAGGAAAAAAAUAUCUUCCUCGCUCCACAGUGAUAUCAUAUUCUCUGUUUCCUCAUCUGAGAAUGUAUUUUUCGCUUUGGAAGCAGUCUUCAACUUUCCGGAGGCGACUUCCUCCACCAUUUUGAUGCAAGAAAAUUUCACCUUCCUCCCCUACUCAGUAGAAAUUUGUCACAAAAUACGUCAUUUUCUAUCAAUUUCGGCUACGAUUGUCGCAGCGUUUUAAAACAUGUUUUAAAAUCCCACGACAUUUUUUGUGAUGUGCAUGACAGUCUUAAGCGAGUGGUAGGUUUGAUUUACAUGAUACAAUUUGUGUUGUAGGCCUGUCGUAAGCUUGUCGCAUGCGACAAAGUCGUACCGUGUAAACAGGCCUUUAGAUGGUUAGAUGUGACGGAAAAGGUUAUAUUUAAUGACUUAGUUUCAGCAUUCAAAUGUAUAAAUGGCCUAGCUCUAGAUUAUUUAGGUAAAUAUUUUGAUAAAGGUUCAGCAGUUCACAACAAUAACACAAGGGUAUGUAGCAAUUUUGUGGUCCCCUAAUGUAGAUUGUCAAUGGGACAAAGGGCAUUUUACUUUUGGGGUCCAAGGGAAUGGAAUGGGCUAGCCAACAAUAUUAAGAACACUAAAGAAAUUAAUAGUUUUAUGAAGAUACUUUUUAAUAAUAUGUUUUGUACAAAAUAAUUUUGAAUAUAUUUUGAAUAACUUUGAAUAUAUUUUUAUUUUAAUUAAAUUACUGUAAAUAAGCUUUCUUAAUUACCAGUGUAUGGUAAUAGUUAACAUUGUGAUUGAAAAACCCAGUUGAAGGGAGUUUCAAUCAAGUAUGUAUGUAGGUAUGAAUGUAAUUAUGAGACUGAGUAUUAAGAACUUAGCAGCAGCAACAACUUUUCAGCCAGGCAGGAUUGGGAUGAACAUGCUAAUAGCACCAGGAUAAGGGAUUCAAAAAGUCUGAACCCUUAACUACUGGCUUCUCAGAAAUGACUCAUUCAAGGCUUAAACAUGAAAUAAGAUUUACCUCAUUUAUUACAUGAUCAAAAGUGACCAAUCUCAAGUAAGGAGUCUUUUGUGAGUCCAACCGUCAAUCACACUGUGGCAAAAUCAAUGAAACAGUUUCCAUAAACUUGACCCAUAAUAUGAAUAUGAUAAUAAUUGCCACUCAGAACUCAGAUUAUGACAUCUAUUCAGGCCAUAAAAAAGUCUUUCCCUGACACCCAACAAGAAUCCCCUUCAGAAUUACCAGCACUUGGAAAAUUGUAUUACAUGUAGUAUACAUAAUUGACUGAUACUCUGUUAUUAAGUUAAAUAUGUAUUUGUUGUUACAAGUAAUUCCAGUGAUUUGAAGUGACUUCUGCUCUCAUUGAUACUUGAUCAAUCUUUUCUUUGUUGCAGACAAGACAUUCAAUAAAUAAGGUGUUAGAUGCUGAAAAUAAUCACUUGUAUCAUAAGGUAUGUCUUUCAAGGGAGUUUUGAAGUUUCUGUAUUUCAGAUCAGGCUUUUUAUUUUUGAAAAGUUGUAAAAAUCUCCUAUGUUUUGCAAACACUUUCCGAGACUGAUUAAUUUUUAUGUAGAUGUCUCAUGAAAAGCAAUGGUUGAAUGAAAAAUAGAUUAUGUUAGGUGGUAAUGUGGAUAGUAUUUACAUUUAUACCAAAUGAAGUAGGUGUUUUCCUAAUUCUGAGUGAAUAAAUCCCACUGAUAGUCAGAAUUUAUUUCCUCCACAGCUUGGGCUUCACUGGCGAUUAAAUAAACAGCGAUGCAAUUCCAGUAACAUGAUGGAAUAUGUGAGUGUUUGCAUUGGGCAAUUGUUUCUAUUUCUUGCUAUGAACAUGAUUUUAAAUCUUUGACUAGCAUCAUCAGUACCAGUGGGUUUAUGCAGUUGUUUAUUUUUUUGUUGUUGUCCUUCAAGUCUGUCAGGAAGAUUCUCCACCAAAAGGUGACCAAACUCUUUGUGUGUGUUGGUUCCUUUUGGUACUUUAUUUCUUUCUUAUCUUUCUUUGAAGAUGAAUAUGACAAUUUCAUAUUUACACCCUAGGUACUGCUGGUCGAGUUCUUACCAAAGGAGCAAAUUUUACGACCUGACUGAUGACUCCAGAAUGUUUCACCUUCCUGAUAUAAUUCUAGAAUUGUAUAUUUCAUAAGAUAAUUUGUAAUCUGUAAUAUACACUGUUGUAAAUUGCAAAUUUAUGAUAAAUUUAUCAAUAAUAAUUGAAAGUCUUUAGUUUUCUGAUGAACUGCUAAGUUAACUCAGGAUCCAUACAAUCCUGUAGUUAACUUAUAAGUUUAAUUUUAAUUCCUGGUUGAUCAUGCAGUCUCAGUCUAAAUGACUUUAUUUUUAUAUGAAAGACAAAUUAAAAAAAGUUCUUUAUUCAUGUAUUUACAUAGAUGUCCAUAAGUUAUAACCAAUUCCUAUUUUUUAUCCAAUGAUUUAUCCUUGAGUUUUGAAGAGAGACAGAGAGGAGUUAUUGCAGGAUCUCUUGCAGGAUCUCUUGUCGUGCAUUCCUUUUCUGCCUUGUAGGUCAACCAGGUUAGAGGGGAAGAGCUUUUAAAUCUUCAGGUCACGCAAAGCAAAGGAGAAGAAAUUGACCAUAUUUCUACUGCCAAUAACAGAACAACUUGAUCUCAUUGAUUUACCAAUUAAAAUGUGACUACCCAAAAAAUAUUGGGUAGCCCUGGUACAGCUCAUUGCCUUGUUUGAAGAGAUUUUAGCUAUUUUAUGUAAAUAACUAGUAAAGCCCAGAAAACUGUCUUGAAUAUGGAUUCCUGCUUUUUCCAAUAGAGAGGACAAUAUCACAGGAGGUAGUACUAGGGUUAUCAUAGCUUAUAUCAGUAUGUAAGUGAUCAAUGAUCCAACUAUUGCUUGUGAGGAAUAUAAAUUAAUUUUCAGCCUCUAUUAAGAAUGAAUUUAGAGAUAUUUUUAAGUGAUAUUGUUUAAAGUUUUAAGUCAUGUGAGGGUUGAGCUGUAAUGGCCCUGUAGAAGGAGUUUGUAUAAUAUUAAUGUUUAUCUUAACGCCAAUAGGUUAGAGAAUCCAAAUUCUUUGCACACAAUAGAAGCUUUACGUAUUUAUUUAUGCAAUCUGUUGUUUCUAUUGCCUUGGAGUUCCAAGUUUGAGGUAUUUCCUCUUGAGCAAUUUUAAGUUGAGUUUCACUGGUAAUUUGGAAUUGCAAUGGUUUUGCUUUGCCUCACUCUUUGAUUGGUUUAAAAAAUGUUUGCCACCCUCCCACCAAUCUAGGAAGCCAUUUGCAACUUGGUCACUUGCAGUUUUCUUUCUUUUAGUCGGUUUGCUUGUGUUUGCUUUGACCUCUUAUCAGCUCUUGUGAUGUUUACCUUUGGUUUUAGUGACUGUUGCGAUUACUCUUGUCAUAGUUUAUUGAACUCAACUGAAAAUAUGUUCGAUUUUAUGUUUUGGCUAGAUUUUUGUGUUUCUUGCACAGUUGGUCAUGGUUGUUCAAGAGCUGGACAGUGUCUUGUAACUGAUAGUUCACAAUCCAGGAAAUUAUUUCUUACCUUUUGAACAACUGACUGUUGUACUGGUUUUGCCAUUAUUUUCUUUUCCUUCAAACUAAAGUUAUUUCACUUCAGGCAAUUGUUGUAACAGGCAAUUGUUGUAACAAUCCUAUCUUUGCUCUGUGUUUUUCCCAGUUGAUUUGCACAUGCUGGCAUGUGUAUCUUUGGUGCUGGCACCAUUAAUUUCAAAGGAAGAGUUAUGCUAAUUUAUUUUUUAUUGAUUAAGUUUUUACAUUGGUUGAGUUAUAAGUGCUAAGUUGGUAAGGUGAGGGUUAUAUGUGCAGUUUAUUAGUUACUGGGUAGUAAAGCGUUGUUGUUAUAUUGGUGUCAAUAAAGUGGAGGA